AUGCAGAGGAAUACCCAGAGAGACAGCGUUCUAGUGAGCUACAAUCCUCCUCCGAGGAGCCCCUGGAGGAACCCGAAUUCGGACCUCGAUUUCAACGACGUCUUCGGUGGGCCGCCGUGGCAGAAUGUCCGGCACAGUUUCGGCGAGGAGCCGUUUGGGAACGACCCGGAAACCGCGGCGCUGCGGACGAGGUGUUCCGGGCUGUAG